AUGAAAGUAAUCACCCUGGAGCAAUCCUCAACCAGAUUCCAAAACUUAAUGUACAUGAGAGACUUUUUACUGGAGUAAAAUCCUGUGGAAACAAUAAGUUUGAAAAAGGCCCACAUAAGAGCUCACACUGAAGGGAGACCUUAUGCAUGUAAAGAAUGUGGAAAAGCUUUUAAAUACUUUUCCAAACUUAGAGUGCAUAUAAGAAUUCACAUUGGACAAACACCAUAUGGCUGUGGAAAAAAUGGAAAAACCUUCAGAUCUCCCUCAAACCUUUGGGCUCAUAGAGAAACUCAUACUGUCGAGAAAACUCAUGCUUGUAAAGAAUGUGAAAUAUCCUUCUCUUCUCCCUCUUCACUGAGAAAACACAUGAACGUCCACAGUGCAGAGAAAGCCUAUGAAUUGCAUACUGGAGAGAAAGCCUACAAAUGUGUGGGAUGUGGGAAAGCUUACAGGUGGCCCUCAGACCUUAGGAUUCACAUGAGAACACACUCUGGAGAAAAGCCUUAUGAAUGUAAACAAUGUGAGAAAUCCUUCAGUGCUCCCUCAUCCUGUAAGGGACACAUGCUAACUCACACUGGGGAGAAACCCUAUACAUGUAAUGAAUGCAGAAAAGCCUUCAGUAGUCCUCCAUCCUUCAGAACACAUAUGAAAACUCACACUGGAGAGAAACCCUAUACAUGUAAGCAUUGUGGGAAAGCCUUCAGGUGGUUUUCAUCUUUUCAAGGACAUUUGAGAACUCACAGUAGAGAGAGAUUCCAUGCAUGUCAGGAAUGUAGUACAGCCUUCAGGAGACUCUCAUCCUUACACAGACAUGUGAGAAUUCACACUGUAGAGAAACUCUCUAAAUGUAAGCAGUGUGGAAAAACCUUCAGUAGUCUGCUCUCCUUAAAAAAAGGACCUGAGAACUCACAUAGGAGAGAAACUGUCAGUAAGUAA